GCAAAUCUCGAGAUGGCGAACUGCCUUACUGCCUUACUGCCGCCCCGCAGAACUUGACAAGUGAGCUCCGCUCUCGCGGCUUGCUCCGCACCCCAGCAGUGUGGCCAUGCGGACAAAGCACGCCGGCUGCGGGAUGCUUCUCUUCCUGCGUGGCGCAGAAGUUACCCCGUUCGGCGUCCUUCCAGAAUUUCGACCUGACUUGCCACCACGCCGGGCCAACGGACGGCCGAAGGCCAUCCACUCGCUCUCCUCCCCUCACCGUAACGACAAAUACUACACCCCAUCAGUAAAUACAAAAAGAAAUAAAUUCUUGGAUGCUCAGGCAGAGAACGACAUAGAUUAUGUGUAUGGGGUAAAUUCAGUGUCGUCCGUCCUGGUGAAGAACGAGCGGACCAUUCACAGCGUCUUGGUGAACGAGAAAAUCCGGCUGAACAAAAAAACGCGCAAGCAGGCCUACCGGUACAUAUUCGACACGCUAAAAGAACGGAACAUCCCAAUAAGAACCACGAGCAAGAGGAAGUUGGACGACCUGGUGGGAGGCUUCCCACACAACGACAUCAUCAUGCAGACCACCUACCGUACCAUGAAAAGGGAAAAACACUUCCUCAAGGAAUACCCAAAGAAGGAGAAGCAGGGAAAUAUUUACAUCUGCCUCCACGAUGUGUACGAUAAUAUGAACAUCGGGAAUAUC